AUGGCUUUUGAAAUUAAUAAAAUAAUAUUUUUGUUGUUUUUAUUUGUUUAUUGUUCAAUUUCUGUUGAAAAUGAAAGGAGGGAAGAUUCAACACCUCUUUUGUGGAUUUUUGAUGAUAAAGGGUUGUUACGAAAAGAUUCUGUUAUUGGUACACCAAUACAAUUUGAUGGGCCAAUUAAAGUUAAUCCUUCUUUAAAAGAACAAAAUCACCAUCAAUUAAUUAAUGUUUUUGUUUAUGAGCCUUUUUUACUUCGAAAAUAUUUUAAUAUUUCCCCUCCAACACCUCUUCGGGCAGGACAAUCUUUUAAAUUAAUUCUUGCCCAACAAUUAAAACAAUAUAUGGAUGUUGAUUAUUUAAAUAUAACUUUACAAGCACAAUUAAUUGAAAAUAAUAAUCAAACUUCACAACUUCGAGUAGAACAAAAAGAAUUACAAAUUAAAUUAAUUGGGGAAGAAAAUAAAAAUAAUAAUAAAGAAGAGGAAGAAAAAGAAAAUAAUAUUUUAAUUGCUAAAAAGGAUUGCAAUAAAAUUAGAAACACUUCAGAAUUAAUUAUUUCUUUUAAAAAUAAUUCUUUUGAAUGUUUCCCUUUUAAUUUAAAUAAUAAUAUUCAAUUAUUUAUUGAAAAUGAGGGAGAUUUUGGUAUUUCAAAACAAAAUGUUUUUAAAAUAAUUGAAGAAGAGGAAGAAGGAAAGGAAGGGAAAGAAAGUUUAAAUUAUUCUUUUAUUAAAAACCAAUUUAAUAUCCAAAUAAUUUCCUCUUCAAAACAACUCCCACCAACAAUUUCCCCUCCAACAACAAUUUUAAUUUCUUUUAUUCACCCAACAAUUGAAAAUAAAAUAAAUUUAUUUGAAUUUUUUAUUGAAGAAAAUGAAAAAAAUAAAAAUUUAAAAAAAUUUUUGGAAAUAAAUAGAAGGAGUGGGGCUUUGAUUUUUAAGGAUUUAAAUGUUGGAAUUGAAGAAUUGGGAAAGAAUGAGGAAGGAAUUAUUGAAUUUAAUGUUAUUUUAAAGAGUAUAUCUUCUUCAAUUAUUUAUGAUAAAGCUUUAAUUAUAUUGAAAUUAAAAGAAGAAGGAAGAGGAGGAAAAGAAGGAGAAAAGAAAAAUGAAAUAUUUUAUUUUUUUGAAAGGCCAAUUUAUGCAUUUGCUGUUGAUCCAUUUAAUAUAAAUAAUUAUUUUAAAGGAAGAAAACUUUUAAUUGGCCAUUUAAAUUAUUUAAAUAAAACAAAAAUUAAAGAAAAUAAAAAUACAAAUAAUUAUUUAAAACCUAAAUUUGUACUUUCUGAAGGAGGGGAAGGGUUUUUUAAUUUUGAAAGAGAAGAAGGGGAAGGAGGAAAUUCUUCUGGAAUUUUAAUAUAUAAUGGACCUAUUGGACAGUUUAAUAGAAAUUAUACUUUAAAGGUCCUUUUACUUUCUGAUCACUUUAUCGACUCUGCAUUAGUUCAUGUUUUAAUACCUGGAAUUGGCUCUUCUUCCCCAACAUUUCAAAUGCCUUUUCAAAGAAUUAUUGUACAUAAAUAUGGAAAAGACAAUGGAAAUGAGGAAAUAAUAACAGAAAAUAAUAGUUUAUUUACAUUAUCUGCUGAAGAUUCAGACCCGGAUGCUCGUUUAAUUUAUGAAUUGGGAGGAGCUGAAUGUCAGACAAUUUCUGGUAUUUUAAUGAAGGAAGAAGAAUGUCUUGAAUUAUUUUCUUUAUCUCCAAAUGGAACAACUGGCCAAUGGAUACUUUCUUUGGUUGAAAAAGAAGAAGAAAAUGAAAAUAAAAAAAUUGAAUUAGAAAAUAGUUUAGGAGAGGCAUUAUUAAAUAUUUCUGUGAGGGAUGAAGCACAUCCUUUGGAAUCUAGUGGUUCUACACUUGUUCUACUUAAAUUUAUUCAACAAAAUGAAAACCAAAUUAUUAAUAAUUCUGAAAAUAUCAAUUUAAAUAAUAAUUUAACAAUUAAAAAAGAAGAAUAUUUUCCUCCAAUUUUAUUAAAAAUAAAAGAUUCAACUCCAAUUAAUUCUGUUAUUUAUUCUUUUGGAAUUAAUAAUAAUAAACAAAAAUUAUUUUAUUUUUUAUCUGGAUUAAAAAAUAAAUAUUUUUUUAUUGACAAAGAGAAUGCAAUUUUGUCAGUUGUCUUUCCUCUUAAAAAUAUUGCAAAUUCUUUUCAAAAUUUAACUAUCCAAAUAUUUAAUUCUUUAAAUUCAACUUUAUAUACAAAAAUACCUUUUUCAAUUCAAAUAAUUUCUGAAGAAAAAGAAAAAGAUUUUUUAAAUAAAAAUAAUAAUAAUUAUUUUUUAAAAGAAGAAGAAAAUUUAAAUAAAUUUGGAAAUUUAACUAAAAAAUUAUUUUUAAUUAAAAAAGAAAAAGAAGAAAAUGAAUUUAUUGAAUUACCUUUAAAUUGGGAAAAUACUUCAAAUAUUUCUUUUGAUUAUUUAUAUCAAACAAUAAUUAAUAGCACCAUAACCUCCAACAACAACAAAUUAAUUCAAAAUAAUAUUAUUCCUUCCUUAUUUUUUAUUCAAACUGAAAAUAUUGAUAACCAUAUAUCUACAACAUUUCCGUUAACAUUUCCUUCAAAUUUUGAAAAUAAAUUUAAUUUAAAUACCAACAACAGCAACAUUUCAACAACUCCAAUACCAAAUAUUCCAAUAAUUCGAUUACCAGAAAAUUCCCCUAUUGGAACUUUUAUUCUUUCUAUAGAUUUUAAUUUCCCUCCUUCAAAACCUUUUAUUAAAUCUUUGUCUAAUUCUUCUUCGUCUUCAAUUUUUGGAAUUGAACGUCGAACAAUAAAUUCUUUAGUUAUCCGAACAAACCAAUCAUUAUUAAAAGAAAAUCAAAAUGAAGAAGAAUUCCUCCUUCCUCUAAAUUUUGCUUUAAUUUCAAUUAUUGAAAACAAAGAAAUUUUAUUAUAUAAAUUUUCUAUUCAAAUAAUUUCAAUUUCCAAUUGCCAACCUUUCUUAAAUGAAAGUCAACAAUUAUAUUUUAAUUUAAAUGAACAAGAAUUAAUUUCUUCUUCUCACCAAUUAAUUCCAAUUACUUCAAUUUCUGCAAAUAUAAAUUCAAAAGCUAAAGGAUGUCAACAAAUUAAUUAUUAUUUAGAAAAUAAAAAAGAAGAAAAUAAAAAUAUAUUAAUUAAUUUAAAUAACCAAACUGGAUUAAUUUCAAUUUCUCUAUUAAAUAAUUUAACAGAAAAUAAUAAACAAAUUUUUUUAAUUUGUUGGGCACAAAGUGGAAUAUUUAUUUCUUCAAAAAUUCUUUUAAUUAUUCAAAUAAAUAAAAAUAAAACAAUUAAAAAUAAUUUAAAAAUUCCGAAUAAUGGAGGAAUUUCUCCUUUAAUUUUACAAAUUAAUGAAGGAAUUGAAAAAGGAAGUUUAUUGACAACAAUUAAAAAUAAUGGAAAUAAUAAUUAUUUUAUUAAAGAAGAAGAGAGGCAACAAGGAUUAAUUGAAAUUAAUAAAAAUAAUGGAGAAAUCAGAACUUUACGUGAAAUUGAUUUUGAAGAAUUUGGAGAAGAAAGUUUACCUCUACGGUUUUUAAUAAUUAAUGAAAAUAAUUUGGAUGGAGAGGGAAGGAAUGAUGGAAAUUUAGAAUUAUUAAUUAAUAUAAAUAAUUUAAAUGAUAAUAAUCCAAUAUUCGAAAGAAAAUAUUUUAAUUUUGUGUUAGAAAGGGAUAUUGUUUAUGUUGGGUAUAUUAUUGGACAAAUAAAUGCUUUUGAUAAAGAAAUAAAUGAUCAAAUAAUUUAUUCACUAAUUUCUUGUAAUUACUCAUUUUCUCGUCUAUCUCGUCAAAUAAAUCCUCCAAACAAAAUAUUUUCUUUGGAUUCCCAAAAUGGAAUUAUUUCUUUAAAUUCCCCAGUGGAAGAUUUUUCACCUGGAAGUUUAUUUACUUUGGAAUUGUCGGCAGAGAAUUUGGACGGGAGAAAAGCUGAUUUUAAUUCUUUUGUUUAUAUUUGGAUAGUUGAAAGUUCAAAUAUUGUUUCUAUUUUGGUUGAUAAAAGUCCUGUAGAAUUAAAUAAUUUAAAAGUUUUGGAAUAUUUAAAAUUAUUAAACGAAGCAAUUUUUCCUUUAAAUUUACUUUUACAAGAAAUUCGAUAUAAACCGGUAACAGAUUUGGAUGGAAUACCUGCUAGAAAAUCAGCACUUCUACAAACAAUAUUCUUUAAUGGAACUAAAUUAAUUAAUUAUAUUGAAAUUGAGAAAAUUGUUAAAGAUUUGGAUAUUGAGGGAUUGAUUGGCUUUGAAAGGAAUUUAUUACUUUCCUCCUCCUCCACUUCUUCAAUUUUAAAUCAACAAUUAACAACAACAUUAACAACAUCUACUACAAAUUCUUCUCAAUUAUUAUUACCCCUUUCAUUUAUUUUUCUUUUCUUACUUUCAAUAAUUAUUUCUGUUUUAUUUGUUUUAAUUUGUCAACGUAAAAGGCAACAAAAAAUUAAAAAACAAAUUGAAGAAUUAAAUUUAAAUAGAAAAAAUAAUAAUUUUUCUUCUUCUUCCCAAUCAGAUACUUUUUGUGAUAUUUUAUGUAGACAACAACCUUUCCCUCCUCCUUUACAUCAUUUUAUAUUAUCACCACCACCACCACCUCCUCCACCGCCAACACAUUCUUAUGGAAUUGUUGAUUUAUGGCGCCCUUCUCUACCCCCACCACCAACACCUUUAAUUGUUCAAUUAUCCUCUUCUAUUAAAGCAACUUCUGAAAGUCAAUAUUCACAAAAUAAUUCUGAUUAUUAUACUGUACAAGAAAUGAAAAUUGCUCUUUAA